AUGUGCGAUGAUCCUUAUUGCACGAUGUGCCCGACCUAUUAUGAUGUCAAGGGGCGCCAGAAGCAGUCGAGAACAUCGGAAAUAUUUGACACUACGUUACAAAAUAUGUUCUAUGGAGAUGCAAGAAGCUUUGCGAAGAGAAUGGGCUCAUUCUUGCAACCCUAUAUUCCGGGAGUUAUGAAUCCUCAUGCAAAAGUUGUUCAGCGGUGGAACAAAUUCUUUGUGAUUUCAUGUUUGUUUGCAGUAUUUUUGGACCCAUUAUUCUUCUUUUUGCUGUCUGUGCAAAAGGAUAAUAAGUGCAUAGUAUUAAAUUGGCCCAUGACAACAACAAUCGUGGCUUUAAGAAGCAUGACCGACUUUAUUUACUUUCUUCAUAUGCUCCUGCAGUUCAGGCUUGCUUACGUUGCUCCUGAAUCUCGUGUAAUGGGAGCUGGAGAGUUAGUGGAUGACCCCAAAAAAAUUGCCCGGCAUUAUCUUUUUGGAUAUUUUAUCCUCGAUUUCUUUGACGUGCUGCCCCUUCCCCAGAUCAUUAUAUUAUUUGUGUUGCCAGUUUCUAUAAGAGGAGCUGGUGCAAAUUACGCGAAAAAUCUUCUGCGUGCAGCAAUUCUUGUUCAGUAUGUUCCUAGGCUGUACAGAUUCGUACCUUUGCUAGCCGGGCAGUCCCCCUCUGGACUCAUAUUCGAGUCCGCAUGGGCUAAUUUCAUCAUAAAUCUCCUCAUGUUCGUCUUGGCUAGUCAUGUUGUGGGCUCGUGCUGGUACCUUUUUGGUCUGCAGAGAGUGAACCAAUGCUUUCGAGAUGCCUGUCACCAUGGAUCUGGCAUUCUACGAUGUAUGGAAUUUAUCGACUGUGGACAUGGAGAUAAUAUUGAGGAGUUUAAGAAUGAUCCUACAUGGAACCAAUGGCUUAACAACAGCAAUGCAACUGCGUGUUUCGAUCAAAACGGUUUUGCAUAUGGAAUUUAUCAAAAUGCAGUUGCACUAACCACCGAACAAAACCUAGUGACUAGAUAUGUGUACUCGUUAUUUUGGGGGUUCCAGCAAAUUAGUACACUGGCUGGAAAUCAGGUCCCAAGUUACUUUGUCUGGGAAGUUCUUUUCACAAUGGCCAUUAUUGGUGUGGGCCUCCUACUCUUCGCUCUCUUGAUUGGAAAUAUGCAGAAUUUUCUCCAAUCUCUUGGUCGUAGGAGGUUAGAAAUGUCUUUAAGGCGACGUGAUGUCGAACAGUGGAUGAGUCAUCGUCGCUUGCCGGAAGGAUUGAGAAGGCAAGUUCGAGAAGCAGAACGUUUUAACUGGGCAGCCACAAGGGGUGUGAACGAGGAAAUGUUAAUGGAAAAUCUUCCAGAGGACCUUCAAAGAGAUAUACGUCGACAUUUAUUUAAAUUUGUCAAGAAAGUCCGAAUUUUCCAAGUGUUGGAUGAACCUAUUGUAGAUGCUAUAUGCGAACGCUUGAGAACAAAAAUAUACAUCAAAGAGAGCAAAAUCAUUUACCGUGGGGGACUUAUCGAUAAAAUGGUUUUCAUAAUCCGAGGAAAAAUGGAGAGUGUUGGGGAGGAUUUAACCGUUCUUCCUUUGUCUGAAGGAGAUGUUUGUGGGGAAGAACUCCUCACUUGGUGCCUCGAACAUUCGUCAGUAAACAAAGAUGGAAAAAGAAUUAGGAUACCAGGACACAGAUUGUUAAGCAACAGGCUCGUAAGAUGUUUAACAAAUGUAGAAGCAUUCGUACUUCGAGCUGCGGAUCUCGAGGAGGUUACUAGUCUUUUCGCGAGAUUCUUGAGGAGCCCUCGUGUUCAAGGGGCCAUCAGAUAUGAGUCUCCUUACUGGAGAGGGCUUGCAGCUAGACGAAUUCAAGUCGCAUGGAGAUACCGGAAAAAACGAUUGAGUCGAGACUCAUUGAGCCCCACACAACCAUCCUUCUAG